CUUAGCACCUUUUUAGGACUGGGUCUGUGCUUUUUCAACACGACCUAUCACCGGUGAACUUUGAAACUGGACCGAAACGUGGACCAGAAUGGAAGUCUUUGAACACCCUGGAGAUCCCCUUUUUUGGUUUUGGUUCCGGGUGGCUUCUCUGGCGCUUUAUGUCCUCAUUGCCGCACGUCUUUUGUGUCGUCCAGGUUGGUCUUCGUACCUGCAAGAGACCGCACGGGAGGUCAUGCAGGACCUGAAUCUCCACGGCCGAACGAAGCACUUCUCGUCGGUCGCGCCGCACGUCCCGAGCGCGUCGGUGGAAGCGGUCGACGACGUGGAGCCGGUGGAGCGAGGGCAGUCGUUGUGGCAAUGCGAUGUCCAAGGGGAAAUUGCAUUUGAUGUGCUAACCCAGGCCAUUGGGCCUUACUGCUGUACCACGGUGGCCUGUUCGUUAGUUCGAAAUUUCUCUGAAGAAGAUCCCACACAGACGCAGUUGAGCUUUAUGUACGGCGACAUCAACUUGUUUACACUUUUUCUGGUCUCCAUCCUUUGGAUCCUGCAACUUCGCCCCAACCAGCGCUGGAGGAUGAUCAUUUGGGCGCUACUGGCUUUGUGGUACUCGAGCACGUCUGUGGUAGCCUUUGUAGACCCAGGGCUGAAGUUUUACGAAGACAUCUGGCUGAACCACAUGGUCUUCCUCGCCGUUGUCUCGCUUGGAUUGGGCCUCCCUCGACCAUGGGUCUGGCUCCUGACGUUUGGCCACUCGAUGUUCUUCUUGGUGGUGACCUUGGCAGCACCAGGCCACGAGAAGCAGUACAAGCCCGCCAUCGGCAUGCAAAUUGUCUUGGUCACGAUCAUGGCAGUCUUCACCAAGUACAGCCAGGUGGUGGUUCACAUCAAUCGCUCACAGGCGGAGGUGGAACGAGAGUUGCAGAGGGCUCGGCUGAUGGCGCUGAAGCGCGAGGAGGAAGCCAAGCUUGCGGAGGAACGGGCCAAUCUGGCUGAGGCGGAGGCACGCUUGGCGCGUGCGGAACACGACGCCCGGAUGGCAUUGAUGAAGGCGGACCUGGCUGAACAGGACCGCAGGGCCAUCGAAGAGAGGGCGCAGCUGGUGGAGUGUACCAAAGGUGCCUUCCAACAUUUGCUGGACAUGCUGUGCGAUGCCUUUGUGGAAUUGGAUGGUACCUUGAAACUGACGAAUCCCGGGAAGCUAGGCACUUUGCUGAGCCAAGUGGGCUCGAGCGGACUUCAGGGACGACAGUUCAAGGACUUGGUCGUCGAAAGUGACCGAGGUCGAUUUGAGGCAUUCAUGCAGAAGGAGGAACAUGCAUUUCCAUUUAAGGUCACCUUGCAAGGCGCUUACAAUGCGAAGAUCAAGGUGAUCAUGUACCUCACAGGUGUUCAUCACCAAGGAGAGAAGAUCUACUUGAUCGGCAUCAAUGAGGCAGAAGAACAAGAGCUGAGCGAGGUGAAACACAGCGGUUCCUGCUUCUCCAACAAUUCGGCUAAUCUCAUGGAUGGAGUGUUAGCCACACGCUCCACGGACGAUGAGGAGGACGUGCGCCGGGCAGCCAGCUGGGCUUGGGAUCAAACAGCUCAGUCGCUGCGCAAAGGACUUGGUCCUCCUAGAAUUGUGCCCAUGGAGGCAGAAGAGCAAAUGCAGUCCCUUUUGGCCUUGAUUUGGACCUGGCCGAUCCAGUCGACUCCCAGUCCCACGUGCUGCGAGACCCACCAGCAGCUGGCGAUUGCGUCCGAGCGAGUGGAGACCUUAAGGAGCUCCUUGAGCUGCACAGCGGUACCGAGAUGCCUUGCUUGGCAGUGCCCUUCCUGUCAUACCCUGGGCUUUCCGGAGGAAUGUCGAGGCUUCAAUCAGGAUGAGCUUCACUGCGUGAAAUGUCAAAAUUGGGAGAUGCUCUUCUGAUCGAAGAGAGAAUACCCCGAUGCGUCCCGAUGCGUCCCGAUGCCAACUUUGAAAAAGCUGGUACCUUGCCUAGCAG